UGCGGUGCGGUGCGGUGCGCCAGGCCUCUGCCCCACGGUGCUCGGCCCCGGCCUGUGCCUGCUUGCUUUCUCCUUUGGCCAUGGGGGUGUCCGCGAGGCUGCUGCGCGCCGUGAUCAUGGGGGCCCCCGGCUCGGGGAAGGGCACCGUGUCGUCGCGCAUCGUGCAGCACUUUGAGCUCAAGCACCUCUCCAGCGGGGACCUGCUGCGGGACAACAUGCUGCGGGGCACAGAAAUUGGUGUGCUAGCCAAGACUUUCAUUGACCAAGGCAAGCUCAUCCCCGAUGAUGUCAUGACCCGGCUGGUACUUCAUGAGCUAAAAAAUCUCACCCAGUAUAACUGGCUGUUGGAUGGUUUUCCAAGGACACUCCCACAGGCAGAAGUCCUGGACAGAACCUACCAGAUAGACACAGUAAUUAAUCUGAAUGUGCCCUUUGAGGUAAUUAAGCAGCGCCUCACUGCUCGUUGGAUCCAUCCAAAGAGUGGCAGAGUCUACAACAUGGAAUUCAACCCUCCCAAGACUUUGGGCAUUGAUGACGAGACUGGAGAACCUCUGAUUCAGCGUGAGGAUGAUCGACCAGAAACAGUUAUUAAGAGACUUAAGACCUAUGAAGCUGAAACAGAGCCAGUCCUGGAAUACUACCGGAAAAAAGGCGUGUUGGAAGUAUUCACCGGAACAGAAACUAACAAGAUCUGGCCCCAUGUAUAUGCUUUCCUACAAACAAAAGUUCCACAAGUAAACCACAAAGCGUCAGUCACUCCAUGAGGAAAAUAUAUAUAUAAUUUAAGUCAGAUGAGAAUCUUCUCCACUUCCUCCUCCUCUGUGUACUUUGAGGCUCCUUGUCCUAAGAUUCUGGCAUGUAUGAAUAUUUUGAAAAUUAGUUUCAUUUAUGAUGGUUUAUUCUGGAAAUAAAAAAAAAAUGUGCCAAGUAAGUCAGA